AUUAUACUUGGCCUACAUUACCAAAAAUCAUAGGUAAAUAGAGUACCUAUUGCAGCGUAAAAUAAUAAUGCUCUGGGAUUAAAAAUGCCUUUCUUUCCUAUCUAAUAUUUUGACAACACAUUUUUAUUAUCAGGCCAAUGCUCCUCAUGCUCUUCAGCAUUGUAUUUCAUCAUGUCUGGCUGCAGAGACGGGCCGCACAGAAAAACGUGUGAGGUCAUUGACCGAUGCAGUUUUGGUAGGCAGCCUUCGAAUAUGCGGCAAAUACUAAAGUGUGAGAAAAGUGUGGUCUCUUGGUGCUUACAAAUGGAAGUGAACAUCUAUAAAUACCUGUGGAUAUAAAGAAGCUGUGCCUGAACAUUACUAUGUUCAAGCAGUUUAUUUUUCACUCCUCAUUCGUCACCUGAAUGGCCACCGAAGCAUCUGUUCUCUUCAGAUACAUCAGAGUUGCGGGAGCCGGGAGGAGAGAGUGGAGAGAGUGGGGAGAAGGGAGAGGAGGCGGUUCCGGCGCCUGAGGAGCCACUCCGACCCGGCACAUCAGCAGUGAGGGGCCUCUUGGGCCCGGCCGGCCGAGCUCCGGGUCGACCCUCUCCAAACAGCAGCAUGUGUGCCAACUGGAACAUCCUCUCAUCCAUAGAGAACACGGAUUUCGAUCCGUUUCAAAUAUUCGAGGUGGACCACGACUCGUGUCAGGUGCUGCACGUCACGGUGCUGCGCGGCGACAAUAUCACCAUGGGCAGGACGCGCGACAUGUUGGACACCCCCGACCCGUACGUGGUGCUCUCCGUGCCGGGUACCAACGGUGGCUCACAGCGCACGCCCUGUGUCGACAACUGCAUCAACCCCGUGUGGAACCAGGAGUUCGAGUUCCUCUACGACGCAGAGCACAACAGCAUCCUGGAAAUCGCUCUGGUGGACGCCAACAUUGUCGUGGAUUACGUCAUCGGCAUCAUGAAGGUGGACAUCUCCGACCUCAAGCUGGACGAGGAGACGCAGAUCAAGGUUCAGUUCGGAGAGGAAUCUGCCGUUCACUUGAGGCUUCGGCGAGCAGUCAAUGACAGCACAGACCUGCGGUUCAGCCUGGCGCUCUGCGACGAGGAGAAACAGUUCCGCCGCGACCGACUGAAGCGCUGCAUGAAUGCCAUGAACGCCUGUUUCGGGGAAGAGGCCAAUCUCACGUCAACAAUGAAGACCCCUGUGGUGGCCCUGCUCGGCUCCGGAGGCGGCUUCCGCGCCAUGAUCGCCCUCUGCGGCGUGUUCAAGGCGCUCAAGGACUCGGGCAUCAUCGAGAUGUGCAUGUACAUCGCCGGUCUGUCGGGCUCGACGUGGUUCGUCAGCCAGCUCUACACCCACCCCAACUUCCCGCACAUCCCCACCGACGAGGUGCUCGACUACUUCCGCAAGAGGACCGGCCUCGGCCUGCUCUCCCACCUGAGCGCCCAGACGUUCAUGAGGUACAUGAACACGCUGGUGGUGAAGUCAGUCAGCGGCCAGCCGGUCAGCUUCACCGACUUCUUCGGCAUGCUGCUGCGCGACACCAUCGUGCACGAUAAGGACGCGACGCUGUCGGACAUGAGGCGGGUGGUGAGCGGCGGCCACGCGCCGCUGCCACUGUUCACCAGCCUGCACGUCAAAAAGAACGUCUCCGCUAAGGUGUUCCAGGAAUGGGUCGAGUUCACGCCGUUCGAAGUCGGAAUUCCAAAGUAUGGCACUUUCAUGGACGCCAGCAAAUUCGGCAGCCGCUACUUCAAGGGUAAAAUCGCCAAGCCGUUCCCCGAGUACCCGCUGCACUUUCUGCAGGGCAUCUGGGGCAGCGCCUUCACGAUCCUGUUCAAACGGCUGGUCGACAAGGAGGAGAGCGAUCAGCCACAGUCUCUGGGACAGGCCGCCGAAAUCCAGAACCUUCGCGACCUGGAGGAGAAGGUGGACGAUGAGGAUAUUGACGCGGACGAGAGCGCUGGCGUGCCUGAGGACCUGGUCUGCACUGCGGAGGAGCCUAGCAAAACAGGCGAACCAACAGCAAGCACCAGCAGCGCAAAGACCAACGAGUUCUGGAACAAAGAAAAGGAACAGCGCGACCAGGAGCUCAAGGAGAAGAAGCUGACGCUGUGGCAGCGCAUGAUGACCAGCGAGCUGUUGAACAGCCGGGCGGGCCGGGCCGGCGCCAUCUUCAACCCGCUGUACGGCCUGCGGCUGCUCCACCGACAUCCCAUUUCGCCCUUCACCGGGCCACCAGAGGAUGAGGACGACGAGACGGAUUUUGCGCGGAUCCACGAGAUGAUGGACACGGCCAGCGAGCGUCUGCUGCUGGUGGACGCCGGCCUCACCUUCAACUCGCCGUACCCGGUGCUCCUGCGGCCGCAGCGAGGCGUCGACCUCUACAUCUCGUUCGACUUCAGCGGCCGGGAAGAGGACGACAAGGACCUCUUCUCGGAGCUAUUCUUAGCAGAGACUUGGGCACGGAAAAACAGGCUACCAUUCCCGAACGUUCGGGAACAGGCUCGCCAGUUCGAGACCGAGCCUCUCAGAGAAGUGUACAUAUUCAGAGGCGAAAACUGCCCUACCAUCAUGCAUUUUGUCCUCGUCAACACGUCAUUCCGGAAAUUCAAAGCGCCAGGCGUUCCGAGAGAGACCAAAGAAGAGUUCGAGUUCGGAGAUUUCAACCUAUUCAGCGGCGGCCAGGAGGCAUUCGGAACGAUGAACUUCUGCUACAAGACCAAAGACUUUGACCGGCUGAGUCAACUCACCGAGUACAACACGAGAAUCAACCUGGACGUCAUCAAGGCCGAGAUUCUGCGCGCCAUCAGAGCCAAACAGCUCACCAGCAAGAUGAGCCUCAAGGACGUCGUCAAGAUGAAGAUCAUGUCGCGGAGGUCCAAGGCCGACUUCAUCUCGCUGGUGCGCCAGAUGCAGCAGGGCGCUCUGCUCAGCGCCGACCCGUCCCGCGCGCCGUCUGCCCAGAACAGCCGGGCCGCGUCGGCCUCCGCCAGCGCCACUGGCAGGGAAGCCGAGAACGGCGCGCUGCUCUCCGCCACCCUGGACAAGUUCGUCUCGGCACUGGACCUGCUGCCCGCUGCCGACGGCGGCGAGGACGCGCCGCUGCCGCACCGGUCGGCAGACCAGUUCGUGUCGGCGGAGGACAUGACCGAUGUGACCCGACCUCGACCUGACGCUGGCACCUCGCGCUGAGCGACGGUGGGGAGACGGUCUACGGGGACAGAGGCCCUGCGACGCGGACGGAACACCGCUACACCGGUGGUCGAUAUCACGGCCAGCAGCCCGAGCUUCUGUCAAAUGUCAGCCAUCCAAUCCUGUUUUAUCGAGGCGUCGGAGACGGUCAUAGGUUAUCGGUGUGCUCACUCAGUGUUUUCUGUGUGAACCGUGGAAAUGUCAGGCGCGAUGGCAGGGAGGAGAGGCAUCCCUGCCACUGGAGAUAGUGUCGGGUCACGCCACUGAUAGGUCGGCAUGAAAGAAACCAACAUAUCCGAUUUUUGUCUUGCAGGUGUGUUACGUAGGUAGUAAGCGUACAUUUUGCCCUAAAUGUGAUGUCUAAAUAAUUGUAUGGAACUAAGGGCGGUGAUCUAACUAGGGGACGACUUUUCCAAUUCAGCUUUGAUCAGGCGUUAAGUAUUUUCAGAAAUUUUAGUUGGGGCCAGCGCCGGAGGAACAUUAAAUCACACCGAGCGGGCACUACUGGAGCAGUGUUUGUGAACGCAUUGCUGAUUAAAUCAAUCGAUCCAAAGAAUACAGAUUGUGCUCGAAAUCGAAUUAAGGCAGCACGAUCCCGCCACCAAUUGCUGUGACUCAUUGUUGUCUUUGGUGUGACGAUGUAGGUCUGUCCUUAGCCUUCCUGAUAUUUGAAGUGUUUUACCUGACAUUGCCAUUUUAUGUGUACCUACCAACAUUGCUAUGCGGUAUUUGACGGUUAGGUUUCACAUAGUAUUUUAUCAUAUAAGCGUAGGUACUUAUGGGCAGGCUCUACCAGUCUGACGUUAUAACUUUGCAUAUCAACAGGUCAUUGUUCCUAGGAAUGAAGGCAGAGAAAGUCAUAGUGUUCGAGUAAAAACAUCAGCCUGGGAGCCAAGACAAGAACUGGAACGUUGUCAACGCGUAAAUACACUUCGGUGAAUGUU